AUGGGAGAUGUAUUCAACGUGGACGGCGAUGAGCUAUUACGAAGCUUGAGCGCAAAUGAUGUAUUCACCAUCCACGAGGAAAGAAGCAUCCGAGAGGAAAAUGACCUAACAAAGCGAUUCGACAAGAUAUUUGUCACCCUCUUCCGCAAGGUUCCGGAAGUCACCUAUGAUGCUUUCCUUAAAUCCCUUAGGGACAUCAGAAGAGAGGACGUGGCGAACUUCUUAGAGGAGACAGCCCGUGGAGAAAAUUAUGAAUCUGAGGAUGAGUCGCCUUCUAGAGAAGCUAUUUCAACCCAGAAAUCCCAGAAAAAGCGAAAGGGAGAUGCUGCAUUGGGGAGUGGGGCACCUGCAGCUAAGAAGCGAACUAAAAAAGGUUGUACUUCUGUGGACUGCACGGAUGCUGCACAAGGAGCAAGCAAACGAUUCACGCCCUCGGGACCCCAUGGGAACCACAAGGGAACCGAACUAAUCCCACUUAGCCAAAAUGACAAGGAUUUCAAAAAGGUUGAAAAGAUGAUGCAGGCAACAAUCCAAAAUCACGGAUAUGGUUUCCAAUUUGAAAACUACAAAAUUGUCAAGAUUGAAAAGAUCGAGAACGGUGUCUUGUGGAAAAAAUACGAUGAAAAGAAGAAAGAGCUGUCUGAAAGGAACUCAGGUCUUUUCAACGAAAAAGAGCUAUUUCAUGGUUCCCCAAACGUCGUUGAUAUCGCCCAUGUUGGCUUCGAUGAGAGACAUUCAGUGGAUGGCAUGUUUGGACGCGGGAUCUACUUUGCUGAGGAUUCCUCAAAAAGCAACAAGUACGUGUUUCCUCGUGGUUGGUCAUGUCAGAAACAUAACAGCAAAAAAAUUCAGCGUCGAUGUUGCUACGAAUGCGAAAGGAAAAUGCUGCUUUGCAAGGUGAUACUAGGGAAGUCCAAGAAUAUGAUCAAGAAAUUGAGAAAAGAUGAAGCUUUGGCUGGAUAUGACUCCAUAACAGGACGAGCUGCCAAAGACGGUCUCAACUACGAGGAAUAUGUUGUCCAGCGUGGCGAACAGGCAUACCCGGAGUACUUGAUCACCUAUACGAUCGUGAAACCCUAUUGAAGUAAUGAAGAGCAACAGGAG